UUAACUUCACUCAAAACUAUUUUUUUCUUAAAGGUAAUCACUCUUAUAAGUUAAAACUAUUGUGUUUGGAUAACAAUAAAAGUCAAUUAUUCAGUAGUGAGAUCUGACGAAUGGCUCCACAUACAUAUUGGUAAAACUAGUUUGACCAUAGAGUUAAACCAAAGGCCAAAGUAAACAAAGAGUCGUCACAUCUUUGGUGACUGCUGACUCGAAAUAAACUAAAACCACACAUUUGAAAGAUGCCAAUUACUUUCUCUUUCUCGCUUUCUCUUUUUCUUUAUCAACCAGUCACAAUCGUCAGAGACUCAGAGCGAUGCACAAAAACUUGUACAAUGGUAAGAGAAGGACUUGCGGCCGUGGCGGCGGAUAACGGCGAAUGCAUCACUAUCUUACUCUACAUUUGGGCAGCAGUUUUGGCUCUCUCCAUUAUAGCCGCCGUGACUUUCACUUGUAGCGACGGAGCUUCUAAAUCUCAAACUGACGACGUGCAUGGCUCUGCAUGUGCCGCCGGCUGUGGCGGUGGUUGUGGAGGGUAAAACGGCUCGCAGAAUUUUUGUUUUUUUGUGUCAACAACAUGCAAUUUAUCUAUUAACCGGCCUAAUGGUGACACAACGGCGUCAGUAAUACAAACUUGUAUGUUAUGAUAAUUUAACGGGUCUAUUUUAAAGAGGUAGUUUGGUUCA